UGUUACCUGACAGUGAUGCUGGAAACGUGUGCAACAUUCCAGAGUUGCGUCACAUCACCCUAUAAAAGGAUUGCUCAGCUUCGUUUUCAACACAUCCACUCAGCAUCAAGCAUCAGAACUGCAGAGAUGGCACUUGCUCUUCGCUCGGUGUUUCUCCUUUGUGGACUCUUGGCUGGAGUCUGGGCACUCCCCAAAGUGACUUAUUGUCCCAAGGGCUGGACUCAGUUAGAUGAUUCCUGUUUCAUUUUCGUCAAUCAGCAAAGAACCUUUAUUGAUGCAGAGCGAAUCUGCCAACUUAAAGGUGGAAAUCUGGCAUCUAUCCUCGACGCAAGGGAAAAUGCUCUGGUUAUUGAACUGAUCCGACAGGAGUUUAAUGGCAUCAGGGACACAUGGAUUGGACUCCAUGAUGCAAUUCAGGAGAGUACCAACCUAUGGACUGACGGCUCAGUGGUAGGCUUCACGGCAUAUGCAGCUUCUCAGCCUGACAACUUUGGAAAUGAAGACUGCACUGAGAUUGAUGACUUACCGGAGGCAUGGAACGACGACACUUGCACGGAUUUGAAUUACUUUGUUUGCGUCAAAGAUGCACAGGAACACUGAUCAACUCAACUAUCCCCAUCGCAGCAGUCUCAAAAAAUGUAUUUUCUAACUUCUUGAGCAUCUUCUGAGACAAUAGCAGACGUCUUUUUAUCCAACUUUGAUCUUCUGGUUCAAUUUCUCUUGAUGGCAAUCAAAUUUGGAAGGUGGAAGGGUAUCUGUAAUAAAUGAAGGAAUCUGUCAAUGCA